AUGGACGUUUCUCCAAAGCGAGCAAGUACACCUGUUCACGAUUCAGUGUUGAAUAACACGGCUUUUUCGAUGGAUUCACUACAGAUUGGCGACUCUACGCGCUCUCUGCUUUCUCCUUUGUAUAAUAAGGAGAAAGGAUCGGAUGAGCACUCUUUUUGUGGCGAAAAAACACCGUCUGAAAAGGAGUCGAGUAGUGGCUCUACUAGUAGCAGACGUUCUGAUGCAAAAAGUGAUCGGAGUUAUAGCGAUGAAUCUGAAACUACUGUUAAGAAAGGAAAAGCAAAAAAACUAAGCAAACGUUCAAACAAUAGUACUAGUAGAAGCUCAUCAAGUAGUAGAAGUUCUUAUUCAAGUUCAACAAAAACAUCGAAAACAGAAUUGUCUGAUAGUAGAAAUAGUUCAAAAAUCUAUACUGAGCAACAAUUACCUUUGAGUCCGUGGGAAAAAUGGCUUCUAACUAAAGUUGUUGAGGACAAAGAGCGUGCCAAAACUGACAAGAGGAAUAAGGAAAUACAACAAGAAAUUGAGCACAAAGAGAUGAACGAAAAAUCUGAAAAGGAAAUGCGGGCAGAAGUGAAUAGAAAAGAAUGGCUAAAAUUAAAACGAAAUGAGGAGAAAGUUAAGAAUGAAUUAGCGGCAAGAUUGGAGAACGAGAAAGUACAGCGAAAGCAAGAGGAACAGGCAAGAAUACAAGAGAAAGUUGAAGACAGUUACGAGAAAUGGUUGGAAGCAAAAGAGAGUGAACGAAAAGAACAAAUAGAAAAUAAAAAAAUGUCUAAAAGAGAGAGGAAAGAAAAUGAGUUUCAACGAAAACAACAAAGCGACGAAGCUUAUAAACUAUGGCUUGAAAAAUCAAAACAACAUCAAAAAUUACAAAACAAUCAUUUUGGCUACAUAGGGGGUAAGGUUACUGGUUACUACGAUUGGACAACCUAUCCCAUGCCGUCUUACAAUAACCCCAACCCAUGGGUGUCUCCAAAGGUUCGGACACGGUACCAAAGUAAAAUAAAGUUGCAGAAUCCGUCACCGCCGUUGUUGUUUAAGGAGCUUGAAGAACGCGAGAGGAAAACGAAACAUAGACAGAACGUUAAAAUGAAACGCAGUGGAAAUAGUGUUUGUUGA